AUGCACCCACCAUCCCCUCAACUCCUCCGCGCCCUUCGCGCCACCCUCUCAACACCUACUAUAAUCCGCAAUACCCCCAGACUCCCAACAACCAUACUCUCUUCCCGCCGCAACAACAGCUCCAUCCCCAAUCGUCCUACUCGGAUGAUCCCUCGUGCACACAGUCACAAACCCGCUACUCGAGACCGUGGCCCCAAGUCCUCAGAAGAUACUCAAACAGACUUCAACGCGCUGAAUGUCCUAGCGAACGUGCCUGCCCCCACAACAGCCAUCGACGCCUGUCUGAAUUCCGGAUUCCAUCUUAACAGUGGAGUCAAGAUUACCGGUGGAGAUGGGAUGAUGCUUGUUGGUGGAGAGGCGUUUGCGUGGAGGCCAUGGAAGGCGGGCGAGGAAAAUGAACUCAAGGAUGAUGUAGCGGCCAAGGCGGGAAUGUUGAAUGCGAAGGGUCAAUUUGAGUUGAGUGAGGAGGCGUGGGGAUUAUUGAGUGUUGUCUGGCCGAGACCUGAUAUGCUUAUUCUUGGUCUUGGGGCUUCGAUAUAUCCCCUUUCACCGGAGACGAAGCGCCAGAUUAACUCACUGGGUAUUCGGGUUGAGAUUCAGGAUACUCGGAAUGCGGCGGCUCAGUUCAAUUUACUCGCUACUGAACGUGGCGUUACUGAGAUUGCGGCGGCAAUGAUCCCUAUCGGAUGGAAGGGAAGGUCAUAA